AUGACACGGGGAUUCGCAACCAUCACGCCUCAGUGCGAGGAGGCCUUUGACCAGGUAAAAGAGACCGACACUUUUGACUACGUUAUCUACGAAGCUUCUUCCCACGACAAGAAGAUAUCCGUAGCCGAGUCCGGCAAAUACAAGGACUACGCCGAAUUCCUCACUCACUUCAAGGAGGACACUCCUCGAUACGCUGUCGUUGAUUUCAAGUACGACUCUCCAAGCGGCGGAGAACAGCGACACAAGCUUGUUUUUAUUACAUGGGUUCCCGAGAAAGCUAGCAUCCAUGAUCGAACCUACUACACAACAAACAAGGAUCACCUUUACCGCGCGUUUGAGGAUAUCAGUCUCCAUGUGCAGGCACACACCCAGGCUGAACUAGCACACGCUACCAUCAUGAACCAAUUCAAGGUUCUCUGA